AUGUUCUUCUGCAAGUUUAACGACCCCCUGUUUAUUAAAAUUGAAAAAUUGGAUGUACUCGUUCGCCUCGCCUCCGAACGCAACCUUGAUGCAGUAUUAGCAGAACUACGAGAAUAUGCACAAGACGUAGACUAUGAAAUGGCUAGAAGAGCUAUUCGAGCACUUUCUUCUAUUUGCAUGCGCUUGCAUGGGGCUUUGGAUCGCUGCAUGCAAAUUCUGCUCGAUUUAAUAUCGCGACAAGUUCCCUUCGUCGUCCAGGAAUGUGCUGUUGCAUUCAGAGAUAUCUUCAGGAAAUUCUCAGGAGACUAUGGGGCUGCAGUGGUGGCUCUGUGCAAUGCACAACAUUUGAUCGACGAACCUGAAGCAAGAGCUGCUUUUGUUUGGAUUUGCGGACAGUACAGCGAGCAUAUACCCGAUGCAUCCGGUGUCUUUGCUUCAUUCAUUGAUUCGUUUUUAGAGGAGACACCCGCAGUGCAGCUGUGCAUCCUGACAGCAGCAGUAAAGUUGUUUCUUUUGCAGCCCCAAAGACAUCAGCAGCAAAUUACUUGUCUCCUUAAAAAAGCAACAGAAGAUGCAGACAGCCCCGAUGUUAUUGACAGAGCGUUUUUAUACUGGCGAAUGCUGUCUAAGAACCCGGAGGCGACGCGAAGAGUUGUGUUCAGCGCAAUGCCUGAAGUGCAUGCAGAGGGAGAAGAGCUCGAUGCAGAGACUCUUGCUGCUCUCAUCGGAAACAUUUCUAUGGUGGCCUCUGUCUAUCAUAAACUACCUGAGACAUUUGUAACGCGCAUGCGUACAGCAGCAGCACCCGGCAGAAGAGACAGCGAGAAGAGUGCGAUGGGGGGCCCCUGGGGCCCCUCCUUGGGGCCUCAAUCUUCUUUAGAUGAGCCGCAGCAACAGGUCGUAGAGAGAGCUAGAAAGGCGCUUGAACAGCAGCAGCAACAGCAACAGCAGCAACAACAGCAACGCACCUCAGCACGCAGCAGCAGCAGCAGCAGCAGAAGCAGAAGCAGAAGCGCCCUCUCAGAUACCGACACAAGCAGCGAAGAGGGCCCCGUUGAUCUGCUGGAUUUGAGCGAUACAUCCGUCUCUGCUUCCUCUGCUACGGGGAGCCCCGUGCAGCGAUUGUUGGUUUUGUCGGCAGACACUGCAGGGGCGCAGCAGCAGCGGGGUCUUGAGAUUCAUGCUGCUUUUCAUAAGCCCGAAGGGGGUACUCUGCAGCUGCACCUAACAGCAACAAACAGAACAGGGGCCCCCUUAACAGGUCUUGCAAUUCAAUUUAAUAAAAACUCGUUUGGGCUCGCCCCGGGGGCCCCUCUUAGCCUCUCCUCAAUCCCUCCAGGUGUCUCCGCAGAGACAACUCUGCCGGUUGUAGCAAAUAAACUAAACUCUAAUAUGCCCCCGUCUCCUCCUCUCUUCAUUCAGAUGGCGGUGAAGAGUUCUCUGGACAUAUUUUAUUUUGCUGUCCCUUACUCUCUUUCUGACGUGUUGGAGGAGUCGGGACCAAUUCAUAAAGAACUCUUUCGCCAGCAGUGGCAGACACUCGGCGAAGCAAAACAGGGAUGUAUGGGUGGGGUGUCUGCAAAGACAUUAACCAGAGAGGAGACAAUAAAUACUCUGAGGCCUCAUCGUCUUUACCUCGUAGCGCAGCGCGCUGCAGACUCCUUCAGUGCAAUGUACUUCUCCGCGGUUACUGUAAACAACCUCUUGGUGCUGCUGGAGGUCUCCCUUAUGAACGAUCAAAGAACAGUUAAAGCAGCAAUACGCACAGACGCAGCAGCACUGGUGAGGCAGCAGCAGCAGCAGCAGCAGCAGCGGCAACAGCAGCAACAGCAACAGCAGCAGCAACAGAGACAAAAACAGACAGCAGCAACGGAAACCGAAUCAAGCAACAGCAUAAACACAAACAGGCAACAGCAGCAGCAGCAGCAGCAGCAGCAGAAGCAGCAGCAGCAGCUAGCAUGGGGAACUGUUGUGUUCUGGUUUUGUCUGCUGCAGGUGCCGCUGUUUGAGAGUCUUCUUGUCUCUGCUUUAUCGCUCUCUCCGGGUGUACAGACACCUCUCUCCUCUGCUGCCCCUUUAUAA